AUGUCAUCGCAAAUUGAGCGUUUAAAUUGUGCCGUAAAAAAUUAUGCUUGGGGCAAGUUGGGUGAAAAUUCAGAAGUUGCCCGACUUUAUAUUGAAGGCCAUGAGGAUAAAGAAAUUAAUAGUGAUACUCCAUAUGCAGAGCUGUGGAUUGGAACACAUCCUGAUGGUCAGAAAUAA